AUGUACUGGAAGAGUUCAAAGCCAGCAUCGUACAAUUUUAUGAGGCCAAGGGCGUCUCAGGAACCCUUGAAGCCCAGAGGCCAGUCCGCGAGGUUACUCCCGGUUGGGCGGCGCCAGUACCCAGAAACGAAAGACAUUGGCCGCAGAAGCACCGUGCAAGCCAACAUCGACAGCGCCAGCACCGCGUCGAAGGCCGAGCUGCUCCAGGCUUCGCAUGAGGACACUGGUGUGUUGCGCUUACACGAGGAGAAUGUAACUGGCGGGAACGUCCGCGUUGCUAUCAUGGAUGCUGCGAUUGAUGUGACUGCACCCGGCCUGAGAGAAACGAACAUCGCAUACACGGCCAACUUGCGGACCGGCGCUAAUAAAUCAGCUGGGAGCUGUGAUCCGCACGGCACUGGUAAUCUUGGCAUUGCCGGUGGGAAGGGCGAUCCGCUAUGGGGCUAUACCGGUGUGGCGCCGGAUGCCAUCUUUGAAGCAAUCGCCAUCACUGACUGCGUCAACGCCGUCAACGGAGACGAUCAGGUGAACGACUUCCUUCAGAUGCAAGUGACACUCGUUCUAUAUGGUUCAGCACCUUCGCGCGUUGACUCGCUGACUGUGAGGCUAGCAGCCCCUUGGCCCGCUUUGAUUGAGCGUAUGUUCAACAACGGUACUCUUGUAACUACUUGUGCCGGCAACACCGGUCCGGUAUUAUACUCGAUUAGAGCCCCCACGGCCAGUCGCGGUGGUAUGCCUAUCGGUACCUACGAUACUUCCCUCGUUCCGGUUUACACAUGGCAAGGGAAUUGGACAGCAGGUGGCGAGAGUGGCCCCUUAUACUACCACCCGAGUGAUCCCACCGAUGUCCAAACCUUCGAUAUGCCCGACCAGAUCAACUUGACAUUGUGGUGGCCCGGAGCUUUCGACCCUACAGCUCUGGAGGGUCCGCAGGAUGUUGUCUCCCCUUGCCGGCCUCUUCCAGCGAACGCAAAACCGCCCUCAGAUCCGGCAACCACGAUACUUCUCCAGUCAAGAUACGAAUGCUGGAGCGACCCCGACGACACAUCAUUGGACAUCACCACCAAGUAUGGAAUACCAUAUGUUAUGGGGUACGCUCCCAACUAUGCCUUUCUCGCAUUCAGCAUCCCCCGGAUGGGCAGCACGAAUCUCAGCCCUUCUGUACGUGCGGCAGUCAAUAUUGGGCUUGAUGAAGCGGCAAGGCUUGUCUCACUGCUCGCAAAACACGACCGCGUUGAUCUUUCCCUGGCCGGGGAUCCAUCUUCGGCCAAAAUGAACCUCAGCUUCAUCACCAACAACCAGACUGGUCUUACGCCAUCAUCUUGGACAACCUGGGGUCCGGCUCUGGAUACCCACAUGAGCGUGGCUGUUCUUGGACCGUCGCAGUACGUCGCCAUGCCGUUCCCUGCACGCCUCGGCGGCCUCGGCGUAUGGGCCGGCACCAGCUUUUCAACCCCGUACCUGGGCGGCGUUGCCGCCCUCGUAAAGUCUGCACACCCUGAAUGGUCGCCGCGCCAGAUUCGCAAUGCUAUCGUGGCCACAGCACGUCCUGUGAAUUACAACGACGGCAUUCCGAACUUCAAAGUUCGUGAUCUCAAGGCCCCGGUCCAGCAGCAAGGGGGUGGGAUGGUCGACGCCUGGUCUGCUGUGCGGAGCGCCACCGUUGUCAACGUGACGGAUCUUGCUUUCAACGACACCGAUAACAGACCACCGUUCCUAAGUUUCACCCUCAAAAACACGGGCGUCGAGGAGCUCUCAUAUCAACUGGAUCAUGUACCAGCGGGGUCAGGCUACGUGAUCGAUCCGGCAGCCCCUUACACCUUCUCGUUGCGGAACAUUAGCGAUGCCUACGCCAGCAUAUCGAUUUCUCCCACAACUCUGACUUUGAAGGGCGGCGAAUCUGCGUCCGUGGCAGUAUCGAUCCGCUCCGAGUCCGAAUUGGCCGAUGCAGCAAGUCGGCUAUCAUUCUUUGGCGGUUAUAUCGAGACCGGCUAUGGAGGACCGCUGCUCAACUUACCCAUCAUUGAUCGCAGGCAAACCAGCUUGAUCGGAGUCAGGCUGCCGGACUUUGCACUCAUCGAUAUCGAACCCGGCAGGGUAUUUAAUGCCACCUACGACGGCAGCGUCGGCAUUGACGAGAACCCCAUCACCUAUCCCGAUGGCAUAUAUCCCGCGUUUGCCUUCCAGCAAGUUGUGAGGAGUAGAUUGGUAAGUUAUUCCAUGGUGAACACGAAGACUGGCGAAGCACCGUUUCACAACGACACCGUCAGUACAGACGCGGAGCCAAUGAGUGCAGCUUGGUUUUGGGGUGGCUCAGAGGACAACAGAACAUUUGUGCCUGCUGGAACCUACGUCUGGGAGAUACUCGCGCUACGGAUGAAUGGUGACCGUGAAAACCCAACUCAUUUCGAAUUCUGGAGAUCAGACGAAUGGAGCCUAGUUUACAGUCUGAACAGUACUGGCUUGCCUACGAUAUAAUGCCUCUAUCGAGCAACAGUUAGACAAGCAGGG